CGCGAGUCAGCCGACCAGUUCGCGGCCUGCUCCAGUACGAUUUCGAAUGUCGUUGCGUCGGGUAGUCUCCUAGUUGAUGAGCAGCGAGUUCUUCUGACGACGAUGACGGUUGGCGGCUCUUCUUGAACAGCAGCAGCAGAAGCAGCAGCGGCAGUAGCAGUGCUACAAAGUGUACGACACGAACAAGUGCAGCUGCUGCACACACAAUAGAUAGAUAGGGGGCAAACACAAGAACUCCAAACAAAGUGCAGUUGAUAGAUGUUGUUGGGGGUGUUUCGGCUUGAUGUUUGUGGGUUGGAGUGUGUGAGCUCUUUUUUUACUGUGCCGGGUCUUUACAGAUGAUUAUUAUAAAUAAUUACCCGUUGUGCGAGUAGGAAAAAUAAAUUGUUCAAGUGCGAGCGCGCGGUUUUGAAGGCAAACAAAACACACCGAGGAACGCAAAAAGCGGCAGCAGCAGAUACUGGGUAACAGAGAUAUAGAAACCUGGGUGCAAGCCUCGCAACGAGACGAGACGAGUGAGUGUAAAGUGCGGGAAGAAAAAAAAAACAACAUCAAGCAAUAAAAAUCACUAUUGUUUGGAUGGAUUUAUAAUUUUUAUUGUUUGAGUAAUAAAAGUAAAUAUUGCGAGAGAGCGAACUUACGAGGUACACACGGCGUGGCUCGACGACGACGACGGCACGGCAAGCACGCCAAGGUGAAGCGUAAAUAUUAAGCCGUAAGUUUUCCUCUAAACGGCUGAUCCAGAGUCAAAGUCUAAGGGGAAGGAAAGAAGAAACCCGGCUAGCAGCGAAGCACACGUUGAGAAACCUUUUAGUGGAAGUAAUGAAAGUUUUCGGUAAUUAUAAUUACCAAAAAUGAGAAUUCGGCAAUUAAAUGCUGUGUUAGGAAAUAUGAAAAUGAAAUGUGAGUAAAGCGAAUGCUAAACAACAACGCAGAAAAGCGGCGGGUUGGGUGAAGCGAAUAACAAAACCGAAGGAAAAAAUCAUUAAAAUACGAUUAAGUAGUGACCAAAAAACUCGGGAAGUUGAGCGUAAUGCUAGCUGCUGUUUUACGACGGGAACAAACUUGAAGUGUACAGUGUAAAAUAAAUAAAUAAAUCCUUAUGUGCUGAAUUUGGAACUCAAACGGUGUGACACUGCUUGCCCGAAGACGAGGAAAAAAUACGGUAAAUCAUAAGUACCAUUCUCAAGAGACUGUUGAAUGUGGCGAGGAAACAAGUGAAGUCGUGAAAUACAGAAGAGGUCGUCUCAGACACUGAAAACUGUUAUGAAUUGUGAGAUUUGUUUAUUUUCGAGUAAAAUUUCAAGAAAAUACUACCAAUUGCGAUAGUUAAAGAAUCCAGCGUGCGUCACAAUAAUCACAUGGUGGAAAACGCCACUGAUAGACUCACGACGCUGAUCACAGCUGGUCGUGGAGGGUGUUGUGAAAUUUAGAACCUAAACCCACCCCCUACGCUGACAUAAACCCACACCAGGAACAGGACCAAAAUCAAACGCCCUGGACCCAGAGACAGCAGCCCAGAGAGCGGAAGUAGGAGAACAAAACACACCGAACAAGUGUCAGUAGGAAGUGUAGAAUCGUCAGUCAGCAGUCAGUGCUCUUUGUAUGUUGUGCUCCGGUUUUGUGCUCCGUUCCGAUUCGAUCCGUUCCAAUCCAUGCUUGCUGCUUUCGGUGUGUAUGUGGAUGUGUUAGUGGUGAAUCGUUGCUGCUGCUAGUGUGUUUUGAUUAGAACGGGGACAGACGAUGCCAUAUUUUGGGCUCCAAUCGUGAAUCGCGUGAAGCAUGGAUCGGUGAAACAUUUGAUAGCACAUAAUCAUUAAGAGAUAAUUCAACAAUUGUGGAAACCAAAAAAAUAUCGAGCAAAAUGCCUUCGGAUACCCCACCUCUGUUGACCUCGUCGUCCCCGACCGAAAUGGACCACGUCGAGAGACGACCGGCAUCGGUUCCGUCAACAACCAGCGGCUUACCCAGUGCUACCUUCAAGCGAAACAGCCUCUUGGAUAAAUCCGAUACCCCGCUGAAGCCAACCUUGAACCAGAAUCAGCAAUUCUGCCUGCGAUGGAAUAACUACCAAACCAAUCUGACGAGUGUUUUCGAUCAGCUGCUCCAGAACGAAUCCUUCGUAGAUGUCACUUUGGCCUGCGACGGACAAUCGAUAAAAGCCCACAAAAUGGUCCUUUCGGCAUGCAGUCCCUAUUUUCAAACGCUGUUCCACGAAAACCCCUGUCAGCAUCCCAUCGUCAUCAUGCGAGACGUCAAAUGGCCGGAACUCAAGGCCAUAGUCGAUUUCAUGUACAAAGGCGAAAUCAACGUGAGUCAGGAACAGAUCGGCCCACUUCUCAAAAUAGCCGAAAUGCUACGAAUCCGCGGCCUAGCGGACGUCAACGGCGAUCAAGAGCUAAACCAAAUCGAGCACACCGGCCCGUCGGCAAAAGAUGGAAGUGAGUCCGGUUCAAACAAUGACAGCCCCACCGGCAGCAUCAAAAUUGAAGCUCGAACCAUUCGGGAAACAGACCUUCGCAACAACAACAAUCCGAUGGCCAAAAAGCCGAGAGCCCCCCGUGAUCGAGAACCGACCCGAGAAAUCUCGAUCCGUGACUUCCCACGAGACCUUUCACGAGAAAUGGCAACGGCAGCGGCCGUUGCUGCUGCGGCAGCCGCCUCCGGAGAUUGGCCCCUGCGCGUAGCCCUGGACACGGUGCAAGCUUCCACCCCAAAAAAUGUCCGCAAGCGUCGUUGGCCCUCCGGAGAACGCAGCAGCGUGGGUAGUCCCGCCGAUAGUACCCCGGACACACUGGAGGUACCGUCCCCAAUCCCACCAACUCCGUCCUCGAUCGGGGGUGGGGCCUCGUCGAGUGCCGGUGCAACGGCUAACAAUCCGUUAGGGUCGUUCCCGAUUCCACCGGCCCUGGAUCAUAUGGCCGGACUGUCGUCGCUGUCCAGUAUGUCUACCAGUAGCAGCCAUCCGGAUGAUCUGGAAAUCAAACCGGGCAUCGCCGAGAUGAUUCGCGAGGAAGAAAGGGCGAAAAUGCUGGAGAAUUCCCAAGUUUGGUUAGGUGCAUCCACGUCUUCGAUACCGGGUUCAACCCUCCUUAAAGAUGCAGCCUGCACACCACCUGCAACCUAUGCCGAUAGUUACCAAUACCAGCUGCAGGCGAUGUGGCAAAAGUGCUGGAACAGCCAAAACCUAAUCCACCAUCUGCGCUUCCGCGAACGAGGUCCGUUGAAAUCCUGGCGACCGGAAACCAUGGCCGAGGCCAUCUUCAGCGUCCUCAAGGAAGGACUUUCGCUAUCGCAGGCCGCCCGCAAGUACGACAUUCCCUAUCCGACCUUUGUGCUGUACGCCAACCGGGUGCACAACAUGCUGGGUCCCUCGAUCGAUGGCGGUACCGAUUUGAGGCCCAAGGGACGCGGUCGACCCCAGCGCAUUCUGCUCGGAAUCUGGCCGGACGACCACAUCAAGGGCGUCAUCAAGAGCGUCGUUUUUCGGGACACCAAAGAUAUCAAGGAGGAACACAUCAUCUACGGUCGGCAUUCGCCCUACACAUACCAGGACAACACAAUGAACUUCGCACAAAAUGCCAACGGUCAACUGCCAACAACGGCAACGGAGGGGAUGAGCUCGGAUGCAUUAACCGCGGCCACGGUGGCUGCCGUGAGACAGCAGAUGUGUAACAUGGUUGCCGCCGCUCAGCACCAUCCCGAUGCCACUGCAAACCUCGCCGGAUUCAACAUGCCGUCCCAUCACGGAAAUCUAAGCAUUCAUCCCUCGGGCAGCGCUGCUGGAUCGAGUAGCGAAACGAUUCCGGUUCCUAAACUUGGUUCCCCUGCCGUCUCCGGUCAAUGUCACAGCAACAACGCCGGAGGUGCCGGGGGUAUUCAAAUGCCCCGACUUGGAUCACCGGCCGUUUCAAGCCAAUGCCACAGCAACAAUGGUGGCACCGGUGGAAUCCAAAUGCCCCGGCUCGGUUCUCCGGCAGGUUCCGGUAUGUCGGCCAGCAAAGAUCAUCACGGACCACCCGGUCUAAAUCCGGUGUCCUCCUCGGGAAGUAAUUCCAAUACCGGCGCCAGCAGCAUCAACGCUCGGUCUGCUGAAUCAUCACGCAGCAGUACUCAUUCGUCCAGCAGUAGCUCAACCGUGAACCAUCAUCAUCAGCACAACUCCCUAGGUCACCUAAAUAAUGUUGCCAUGAACAUAACCCGUCUCGGAUCACCAAUGGUCGCCCACGAUCUUCGUAUGUCUACCCCACCGAAUGAGGAAAGCCCGCUAACCUCACCAAUGGCAAUGGCCCUGGAACCGGCCGUCAAUCUGGCUGUCGGUGGUUCCGUUUCCGAUCUAGGAGUGGCACCCUACGGUAGCAGCAAGUCUUCUUCGCGCGCCGGAUACUCUUCAACGUCGUCCCCACCACGUCCGGAGCAUCUCUUUCCGGAUCAGGACAUUGCAAGCCUGAUGGCCAAUCGCGGCAUCAGUGCCCUAGCGGCCACAUCUUCCGCGAGUAACGACCCGGUGCGGUCUUCAGCCACAACCAUCAAACUGGAACCGAUGACCGAGUGCCGGGGAGAUUAAACCUAUACUAAAUAAGGAGAACGCUCGGGAAGAUGAACGCAAUGUGUUAAAUAGUUUUUAGUUAAGUUUCAUAUUUAACUGUCAGCGACUGGCAGACCGCGGUUUCUUUUCGGGAUUUAGUUAAAUGUAUACUUACCUACUUUUUAUUAAACGUUUUUUAUGCUUUCACGGCUGAUUUCACACAUGUUAUUUUUGCAAUAUGUGAUACAUAUAUUAAUUAGAACCGGGUACAACUUUGGUUGAUCCUAAGAGGCAGGCAAUUAUUAAAUAUACAAAACCUACAUUUAGCGGUUAAUUCAUGCAGAAAAUUUAUUUUAUUUAUUGUUUCUGUAAGUAAAUCAGUUUGUGUUUCAUACGCAUCGCUCCCACCUCGUGGAGCACAACUAUCUUCAUCUUAAAUUAACGUGCAAUAAAAGAUUUAAGGAAGCACAUUCCAAUGCAGAAGGAUAGUGUAUAGACUUGUGGAAAGGAAAAGCGAUUCAUUGGUGACAAUCUCUGCGAUGGUAGUCUUAUUACAGGCCUUUUGGAUAAUGAUGAAAAUGAAACAAUAUCAAAUUAUAAAUAAUAGUUUAAAUUAGCUGUAUCUGAGAACUCUCAAAGCUGAACACAUUUUUUUUUUUAUUUUUGAUUUUCCACCUAUAUAAGUGAACUAUAAAGUUUAUAAUCAAGUAUUUCGAUAUUUGUUGAUUUAUUUAAAGCACAAUUAUUAACCAAUCUUCGGGUAAAUCUUUUACAGAUUUUAAGACGGUCGCCAUUCAAAAGACUGCCAUCGUGAAGGGCACCUUCAACAACCAGGAUGUGUUUUCCUUAGCAGUUUUUGGUAAACAUAAAAAAAAAUCGUGCAUAAGGGAAUAAUUUUUAAAAUUUAAUCAAGAAAUCGAUGAUUGAAAAUCUACAUAAUCAUGUCAUCUCUUUCUCUCUCACAUAAAAACGCGAGAAAAACUUAAAAUGUACAAAGAGAAGCUCUUCUGCGAAACGGGCAGCGCAAAGCAGAAGAACGACACAGAAACCUACUAAUAGAAGUUAAAAAUAUAUUUAAAAUAAAAUUGCCUUCUUGUCAUGUGGAAACACAACCUCCAUUAAAGUGAAUAUUAUAUAGUGAAAACAACAAACAAUGUUUAGGCAAAUAAAAACAAAAUUUUUACACGAAAAUACAACCGUUUGGCUUUAGAGUUGUAUUUUCGGCUCAGCAGAGCAAUCAUUAUGCAACUUUUUGAGUUAGAAAAAAUGUUGGAAGUUUUUCGUAUACAAAAAAUAACUGAAUAUCCUUUAAUUGUUCCUUAUAUUUUUUCGGUUUUAAAGAUAACCAGUUUAUGUAUCCCAAAACUAGCGAAGCCAACAAAUUCGCGAAAAAGUAAAACAAAUAUGAUAUGAAACGACAAGUAACGAACAUCAACGACCAUUUAAGGGUUUGAAAAUAAAGUUUCGAAUUUUAAUUUCGACAAUCGAGGUGGAAAGGGCAAGUUUACAUUUCGGAUGGUUACCUACCUUUUCGGCAAUCUUACACAAAAUACAAUUAUUCAAACGGAAAAGAAUGAAUAUCUUUAGGCAAAAUAUAAAACAAAUUAAACAAAAGAAGAAAAAACAAAUACCUUUUAGAGUAGCGCAAAAUAAAACGUUUCGGCCAAUGUGUUCAAAAAGAAGCAAAAUUUAACAAAGUGAAAAUUACAAAGAGAGUAAAAGAAAUAUAUUUAAAUUAAUUAAAGGAAAGAAAAAGAGAACAAAAUUUUAAACAAAAAAGUGCCUUCCACCCCUUUUUAUGAGAAAAAAAGUUUAAUAUAUAAAUUACUUUUAAAAGAAAAAACAAAGAGCAAAGAGCAACAUUCGUGACAGAAUACAAACAAACAAGACAAACAUAAACUGUUUUAUAUCUUUGAACGGAUCCAAAUUUUAACAAACAAAUGUGAGAAUGUGAACAAAAUUUAACUGUUUCGGAUAAAGUUGGUACUUUUGUUUUCAUUAUUGACGGCAGAAAAGCCACGUAGAGUGAGGCCUGACCAUGCCGCCUCCGCUGGCGAAAAAGACAACCAAACUUCAUCUUGGCUUUUUAGCUCGUUUUUUGUUUAAUUAUUUUCAAUAAGUUAUUUUUUGUUACAUGAGAGGUUGUGUCAUCUUGUUCAGAUUUUUCUAAUCUAUGUGUGCGCACCGUGUAAUCAAAUGACAGGAAAGAGAGUAUAUAUCCAACCCCCUAAAACGGAAUGCAGAAAAAGCUUCAAAAAACAAUCACCCAACAAUAUGCACUCAAAUCUGUAAACAAAACAAAAGAAAUAGAUAAACAAAACAUAGCAGCAAACCGGUGAAAAAAUAAAUUGGAGUAAGCUUUCCACUGUUCCAACUUAUUUCUCAAAAGUCAAAAACACCGUAAUAGAUACAAAACCACGCCGAGAAAUAGCGAACACCCAACAACGUUAUGUAUUGAUGUAUUAUAAAGUACGAAACCAAAAACCAAAACAAACAGAUACGAAUCAAUUGAAUUACAGAAUUACAUUACAAAAUUCUAGAAACCAAGCUAUAAACUUCGAGCGAACCGUGAUCUUAAGCUACUACGUCAUUGUUUGAAAUCAUUAUUUGAUUAGAUUGGAUGCGGAUGAUGAUUUUAGUAAUAUAACAUAAGAAAAAAAAAAUCUUAAACUAAUGUAAGAUAUACUAUGAUACGAGUAAGCGUAAUUCGAGACAGAUUCAUUUCACCGAAUUGAAAAGCAUGAUUAUUCAACUUGACUCGCUAUGCUCUAAACUGGUAGAGUAAUGAUGGAAAAUCUGGCUACAUCAAAGUCCUUCGGAUUGUUGAUCUCAAUCUACAUUUUUAUUAGAGCAUGAGCACCCCCACAUCACCCCCAAAAUAAGAAUGUCACCCCAGAAAAUUAGAACAUUCAAAUUGCGUUGCAAUAAAUUUCUGUUAAUGGAAGCGAAAUAGUUAAAAAUCAUUAUAUACCAGUCAAAUUUAUCAUCACAGAAAAGCGAGUGUAAGGAAAAUCCGAACCUUACAGUAAAUUAACUAGCUACAGUCUCUUAUGUGUAUGUGUAAAGGAGAAAAGUUUCACUACAUUGAAGCAGAAACAAAGCUUGUAAACUUAAUACAUAUAGUCCGAACAUUUCUCGAAAAAUAAACCUCGGGUACAUUAAUGCCGCCAUUUUGUUUUUCUUUCCAUCCGUUCGGCUCCGAGUAGCAAAACAAAAAGCAUUCCAAAGCAUACGCGCAGUUAUCAGAAACCGACCGCAAAUUUGACAAAUCAAAGUAAUCAUAGAAAACCAACAUCUACAACUGACCACAAUGGGUCAGACAAUAUUUUCCCCUUAUUACAUUAAUGUGCAAAACUGUUAUAAAAACGUUAUUAUUUUACCCCCUCUACUGUAAAAAUCAAAUACCAGAUCGAAGAUAUGCAAUAGUUUUUUUUGUUAUCUAAAGAAAAUUUGUAAAUUUUGCUUAGCAUCUAACAAACUGUAAUUUAUUCAUCCACUAACGUAAUCAGUACUCUAAGUAAACAGAAACAUAGAUCAAAUCAAUAGAAAACACUUGAAAAUAGAAAAAUGCGCUAACGGUCCCAAAUAACAGAAAAAAAACCAACAAACAAACGAAUAAUCAAACUUUAUUUAUAAAGCCAUCAUUAAACCAGAAAUAAAACCCAUUGAAGGAGCUAUUUGUGUUCGUUUAGCUUACCAUACAGAAGAUUAAACAGAAACACUCACAGACAGCGCAUGUUUCGAAUCUAUCCACGUGGUAGCGCUUAAUCAACAACCAGAAACGGUUGAAUCAUUCUUAAACCGAAGAAGUUUCACCGACUAACUAGGUACUAACUCAUGAGCUGUCGAUCUUUCUUCCACAACAAUAGUAUCCGUAUUGGUCCUAACAAAAUGGCCGAUUAACAGUUCAUUGGAGUCAAACAAGACACUAUUUCGUUUGUUUGAUAACAACAGUAACAGUAACAACAGUUGAGACAAACAUCAUCAUAGAAAGGUCGAUAGCCCCUGAGGGUGCAACACAGCAGUUUAACAAUGUUUAAAAAGGAAAUAAGUACCGUGGUAAUCAAAAGAUAAACAAAAAAAACAGAAAAUAACAAUUUAUCAAUAAUCAUUAGUUGGCUAUUUGUCACAGUGUACCAAUUUAUUCGAUAUGAAAAACAAAUAUAGUUUAAAACAAUGCAAA